CUUUGAUGAUAGUGUCUCAACAUUUGCACACACAGCAAUCGUUCGAGGCUAUGCACGCAUAGUGAUAUUCACACAUGAGCAACAGGGUCUCCGGACAACAAAAAAAGGUGUCGGUUGACUGACAAUCAGUAGUAGUGAUGUGCAUCUCUUGAACGUCAAAAUAAAAUGUCAUAAUAGAAUCAUGUCUAGUGGAAUACGUUGAUAAACACUCAGUAUUUUUUUUUCUCGUUCGUAACAAUUUUAGUGGACUAGAUGUUCUGGAGGGUUUAGUUAAUACGUCAAUAAUGUCGGAAAUAUUUCACAACGGUAAUUAUGAGAUAGUGUCAAAUUCGAAUGACAUGACUACCUUGGAUAUACAAAAAGAGGAUUGUCUACUUGAUCAUAUGGAAAUUUCCAUUGUUGAGGCCGAAAAAAGGGCUAAUGGUGGGCUUAAUUUGCGGGAGUUUUAUACCGUCUAUUUGGUGGAGACCAAAGUUGUAGACCCAGACUUUAAAGAUGCCCUAAGCACAAUAAGUUCCUUGUGGCGUCGUUACACAGAGUUUGAGAUGCUCAGAGCAUACCUAGAGGUGACUUACCCCUUCGUAGUAUUGCCAUCGUUGCCAGAGAAGAAAGUACUUUACGCCUGGCAGAAAGUAACCACUGAUACAUCCGACCCCGAUUUUGUCGAUCGUCGUCGCGCUGGUUUAGAGAAUUUUCUACUGCGAGUCGCAUCUCAUCCCAUCCUGUCACGAGAUCUACAUCUCAUGGGGUUCCUUCAGCAGCGAGAGGGCUGGCGGGAGAGUAUGAAAGAGAGUGGAUAUUUACAAUUGGCUGAGAAUAAAUUGAAGGCACUCAGUGUUACUGUUAGACUGAGAAAGCCAGAUAAGAGAUUUGAGACCGUGAAAAAUUAUGGAGCUGAGCUUCAAAAUAAUCUAAACAAUCUUCUGCGCAUUCGUGCAAGAUGCGCAGAGAGACAAUACAGUUUAUACAAGUUACAUGCUAAUUACGGUAGAGUAUUCAGUGAGUGGAGUGCAAUUGAAAAGGAAUUGGGCGAUGGGCUGCAAAAGUCUGGCCAUUACAUGGACUCGUUGGCUGCAACGAUAGAUAGCCAUUUGGAGGAGGAGGAAUUGAUUGCCGACCAGUUGAAAGAGUGGCUCUUUGGUGCAUCUGCUCUCCAAGCUGUCGUUAAACGCAGGGAAGCUCUCCAGUUGGUGAAGGAUGAGGCCAAUGACAAUCUCACAGCUACGUGCGAACAGAAAGACAAAAUAAUGCAGGGCAAAACGGGCCUGAUGUCACGUUUAUUCGGCUCCGUGGAUUCCGAGGAAAUGAGGGAAGUCAAGGCUAAUCAGGUGGAGCAACGAAUUUUGCAGGCAGAGGUGGCAGAUAAGGAGGCACAUGAAGAUCUUACAUCCUUUUCUUCAAAGGCAUUAACAGACAUUGAACGUUUCCAGCGACAGAAGAAUGCCGAUCUGAAAGAAACCCUGGCAGCUUACUGUGUUCUGCAAUUCAAACUCGCCAGAAAGAGUCUUCAAAACUGGCAGCAUAUCAAACAAUGCUUGGAAAGCAUGCCAUAAACAAUUCCGUCUUAUCAUUUAUUUUAUCUCGUCGAAUGGGAAGAGAUAAUAGGGUACCUCAUAUAAGAUUUAAAAAAGUAGAUGAUGAUGAUAAGAAAGAAUAAUUCUAUCGAGAAGAAUCAGUUGAUAGUCUCAUUAAAAUGUACAUUCCUUCUUGGCAAGCUCAUCUAACAAUAUCCAAUAAAAUGUCUUCAUUCUACUGGUCAAAGCAA